AUGAUUUGCGUGGUGUACCUAGCCCAAGCGUGUGCAAUUGUACUUGUGGUUGUUCCGGAGGGCCCAGGCGGCAUGGACCUGACGCCGCCGCCCGAGUUCUUCCCCCUUCCGGAGAGCAGCGCAGCAGAGGUGGCGACCGCCAUCCAUCAGGCGUGUGACGCGCUCGAGCGAGCCUCGCUCCUGGGCGCGAAGGCAGACGCAUUCUUCGCGGCGUCCUGGUGCAUCAGCGGCUUGCAGGCGGUGCACGAAAUGCUCGACACGCCCUGGUGGGUAUCCAUUAUGUUAUUCAACAUCAGUUUGCGACUGUGUACAUUUCCCUUGAUGGUAUUGGCGCAACGAGGGUCGGCGAAAAUGAUGGAGUUUAACUACGCGUUGCUUCAUGCCAAGAAGCUUCAGGAGGCGGCCAUGAAGGCGACCAACCGCGCAGAACACGACCGGCUGUUCAACGCCUUCCGCACCGAGUACACGGCCCAGGUGUCCAAGCACGGAGACCCGGUGAAGACGGCCCUCAUGGUGCCCGGAGUCAUGAUCUUCAACGGCUUCGUCUUCCUGUCCAUAUUCAACGGCAUCAGCAAGCUCAUGGCCGCCAAGGUAUUACGGCGGUGUGCGGUGCCCUCCCUCACCACCGGCGGCGCCCUGUGGUUCAGCGACCUCACGCAACCCGACCCCUUCUUCGGACUGCCCAUCAUGUGUACUCUGGUGACGCUGGCGAUGGUCGAGUACGGCAUCAACCUGGCGGGCGAUGCGGGCCCUAUGCCAUCUGAGCGACAGCAAGCCACAAAGACAAUGAAGUGGGUCUUCCGGGUCUUGGCCUUCAUGUUCAUACCCGCCGGGAAUUACGUGGCGGCCGGUACGGCACUGCUCUGGGUGUCCAACACCGCGUUCGGAGUGGUGCAGGGGAUGCUCUUGCGAAAUGAUGGAGUACGGCAGCGAAUGGGGCUGCCCAGCAUGCAGGAACUUAGGGAAAUGAACGCACGGGUGCUGGAGGCCAACUCGGCAAACGCGCCCAAGCCGUCCGAGGCUCCCCCCUCGAUCUUCUCCGCCACCAAGCCCUCCCUGGACACCGCACCCGCCGUCAACGUCCCGCUCAUGUCCCGCCCGCCGGGGUCCAAGGGGACCAAGGGGCCGUAG